ACCGAACUGAGCGUCCAUAUAAACAAUUUAAAGUGUAUUUAAAGAUUAAACUUUCGUCUUGUUGCCACAAUGAAAACCCGAAAUUAUCAGCACUUAUUUGCACACUCGAUCGUUUCAUUCGAGGCGCUGCAAUGGAGAGUGUGGAAAAGACCAAAAGUGACCCCAAGUCCCAUCCAUAUCUCAAGGCAAAUGUGUUUUCCAAAGUGUUUUUCAUAUGGACGUUCCCCCUGUUCAAAAAAGGCCUCAAACGAGAUCUGCUCGAAGAGGAUCUGUAUCCUUCUUUAGCUUCACACGACUCCAGCUACCUGGGCGACAAACUGCAGCUGCAAUGGCAGAAGCAAAUGAGCAACAAGACCAAAAACCCCUCGUUAUGGCGGGCGCUUGUAGGGGUUUUUGGUAAGCAGAUGUUCCUCCUGGGCCUCGCUUAUCUAGCAAUCGAGGUGCUUGUACGACUAACAACGCCACUGUUCCUCGCCCAACUGCUCAAGUACUACGAGCCCGACUCCUCAAUGUCUAAGACAGAGGCGUAUUACUACGCCACUGGAAUAGUGGCCUGCACGUUCCUCUCAGCUGCAUUUCAACACACUUAUAUGCUCCACAACUUCCAUUUGGGUAUGAAAAUUCGUGUAGCAACAUCCGCUCUGAUCUACCGCAAGGCUCUGAGGCUGAGCAAAAGCGCGCUAGCUGAAACCACAGUGGGCCAAAUGGUGAAUCUCAUUUCCAACGAUGUGGGGCGUUUCGAAAUGGCGACUGUUCACUUACACAACAUCUGGCUGGCGCCUCUUGAGACUCUGAUCGUUCUGAUUCUCAUGUACUUCUUUGUGGGGCCGACCGGGAUGAUCGGCAUCCUCUUCCUGCUCGCUUUUGUGCCUUACCAAAUGUACAUGGGCAAGAAGACCUCCAUCUACCGACUGGCCACCGCGAUUAAAACCGACGAAAGAAUUCGGUUGAUGAACGAAAUCAUCAGCGGCAUCCAGGUUAUCAAGAUGUACACCUGGGAGAAGCCCUUUGCCAAGCUGGUGGAGAUCAGCAGAAAGAAGGAAAUGGAGCAGAUCAAGAAAAUCUCGGUUAUCCGGGCCAUAUUGACGUCCUUCAGUCUCUUCGUCAACAGCACGGCCAUCUACUCCUGCAUCCUCGCUUAUGCCCUAACGGGAAACGUGUUGAACGCUCAAUACGUCUACAUAUUGCAGUCCUUCUACGGCAUUCUCCGCUUCAACCUCACGGUGUUUUUCCCGCAGGGAAUCACCCAGUUUGCUGAAGCGAACAUUUCAGUGAACAGGAUCAGGCAGUUCUUGACCUACCAGGAAGUCGACUUUGAUUCCAGUGCCCCUCUGGGGAGGCCCAAUGAAAAUUCCCACUCCGUGGGGAUUUUCAUGAAAAACGCCUGCAUUCGCUGGGUAAAAUCCAGCCCGGAGAACAAUCUGGAAAACCUCAACGUCCAAGUGGGACCUGGGGAGCUGGCGGUAGUAAUUGGCCCAGUGGGCAGCGGAAAAACCACCCUGCUUCAUGGAGUUCUGCAAGAAUUGGUUGUCCAGUCGGGUACUAUAAGCGUCAAAGGGCGCACUUCCUAUGCCUCCCAGGAACCUUGGCUGUUUGUGGGCAGCGUCCGCCAGAACAUCCUCUUCGGACAACCUUUCGCCUCUCAACGCUACCAUGAAGUUGUGAAAGUCUGCCAACUUCAAAGGGACUUCAGCCUCUUUCCCUAUGGAGAUCAGACGAUUGUAGGAGAGCGAGGAGUGUCCCUCAGCGGAGGCCAAAGGGCGCGCAUCAAUCUGGCCCGGGCUGUUUACAAAGAAGCCGAUAUUUACCUACUAGAUGACCCGCUAUCGGCUGUAGAUGCCCACGUAGGGAAGCAGCUGUUUGAAGAAUGCAUCAUUGGCUAUUUGAAGAACAAAUGUGUCAUCCUGGUCACACAUCAGCUACAGUACUUGAAAAAUGUGCAGAAGAUUUACCUGUUGGGGGACAAUAGGAUUGAGCAAGCGGGCACCUACGCGGAAAUCCAGCAGUCUGGAAAGGAGUUCACUAAGCUGCUAAACGAGCUGAAGGAUAUAAUUGAUGAUGAGGAGGAAGUGGAAGAGGAUGUGGAGGAUGAUGUUAAACCACUAAGGCGAAGGCGGAUGUCCACAAAAGAAGUGGUGCCAAAGGACGACAAGCUACCAGCACUGGAAAGAGAAAGCCGAGGCGAAGGGACGGUGUCUUGGAACGUCUACACGUCCUAUUUCACAUCCGGGGGUCACUGGUGCAAAAUCCUCACGUUGUUCAUCACGUUUGUCGCCGCCCAAUUUUUGGCCAGUUCGGUGGACUAUUUCCUCACUGUCUGGGUGAACAUGAACCAGAUAAAGAACUCCCCAUCCCACGUGGAAACAGCCUUUCAAAGCUUCUGGCUCACAACAAUGACUGACCACGUUGUUCUGAUCGCCUACACCGUCCUAAUUGGUCUGGUUAUUGUCCUCACCGUUGGACGAUCGCUGGCUUUCUAUCGCUUCUGCAACAAAGCCUCCGUCAGGCUGCACAACAGCAUGUUCUUCAAAAUCGUGCACGCCACCAUGCGCUUCUUCAACAACAACACCUCCGGUCGCAUCCUCAACAGAUUCUCCAAAGACAUGAAUUUAGUUGAUGAGGUCUUGCCCUUGACCUUACUGGAUACCCUACAGAUUUCUUUGAACGUGAUUGCCAUCACUGUAUUGGUAGCCACAGUCAAUCCCUGGAUGCUGCUGCCCACUGUUGUCAUUCUGGGGAUUUUCUAUGGCCUUCGAGUGGUUUUUCUGGCUACUAGCAGGGACGUUAAGAGGCUGGAGGCAAUCACUAGGAGUCCCGUUUACUCCCACUUGACAGCCUCGCUGCAAGGUCUGACCACCAUCAGGGCAUUCGGAGCGCAGGCGAUUCUCAACAAUGAGUUCGACCACUAUCAGAACGCCCACAGUUCGGCUUACUUCAUGUUUCUGGCAGCCAAUCGCUCCUUCGGAUUUUGGCUGGAUAUGUAUUGCGUCAUUUUCGUCGCCUUAGUGACUUUCAGUUUUCUCUUCUUGGACACAGAAUCUUUCAGCGGCAACGUCGGACUGGCAAUCACGCAGUCAGUAAGCUUGACUGGGAUGUUCCAGUGGGGAAUGAGGCAGUGGAGCGAGCUGGAAAACUCCAUGACUUGCGUGGAGAGGAUCAAGGAGUAUGCCGAUGUGGUUCCAGAGCAGAAUCCCGACUCCAAAGACCCGCCAGUUUAUUGGCCGACUAAUGGAGGCGUGAGGUUUGAGAAGCUGAGCUUGAAAUAUUCCCCGCGGGAGGCUUUUGUGCUGAAGAAUCUCACCUUUGAGGUGAAGAGGGCGGAGAAAGUGGGCAUUGUUGGCAGGACUGGAGCUGGCAAGUCGUCCAUCAUCAUCGCCCUGUUCAGGCUGGCCAUCAAUGAGGGCAGGAUUAUUAUUGAUGGCCUGGAUACAGCCAAAGUCAGUUUCAGGAGGCUGCGUUCCAGCAUCUCAAUCAUCCCCCAGGAGCCAGUGCUGUUUUCAGGCACUCUGAGGAAGAACUUGGAUCCGUUUGAUGAGUUUUCUGAUCAGUGCAUUUGGGGCGCUCUUGAGGAGGUGGAGUUGAAAGCCGCCGUUUCCAGCCUUCCUCAGGGCCUGGAAAGCCGGAUGUCCGAAGGAGGCUCCAACUUCAGUGUGGGCCAAAGGCAGCUGCUCUGCUUGGCCAGAGCCAUCGUUCGGAAGAACAAAAUUCUGGUCCUAGAUGAAGCCACAGCUAAUGUGGAUCCUCAGACUGACGCCCUCAUUCAGCAGACCAUCCGGAGGAAGUUCCGCAGCUGCACUGUGCUGACGAUAGCGCACAGAUUGCACACGAUUAUGGAUUCGGAUAAGGUUCUGGUGAUGGAUGCAGGAAGAGUGGUGGAGUUUGGACAUCCGCAUCAGCUGCUGCUGAAGGAGGACGGAGUGUUUUUCCAGCUGGUGCAGCAAACUGGCAAAGCCAUGGCGGAGAAUUUGAGCGCCAUUGCUGAAGAAAACUAUGCGCAUAUUGCAGCUGAGUAGCAGCAGCAGUGGUCCAUUAGAGAAGAUGUCCCUGGACAUUUAGGGUACUACUGAACAUUGAGAUUUUAUUUAUUUAUUUAAAUUUAGUGUCUUUCAAAAGAGGGACGAUUGCCUAGUGGGAUGGGAAGGCAUCACUUGCCUGAAAUUACGCACAAAGUUAUAUUAAAAUAAUAAUUUUAUUGCUAA